AUGACUCAGAAUGAUCAGGACACAACACAGAGAUCGCAGGCUACCGAGAACUCGCUGGUCAGCAGAAUCACUGAACUUGAAGAAGAGAACUUGUCUCUGUGGACUGUCGUCGGUCAGCAAGCUACCGAUCGUGACGAGACACGUGCCAAAGAUACCGCUGAGCGAGAUGCGGAGAUCAAAACAUUGCGGGACGUAAAGGCAGAUCUGGAACAAAAACUCAAGACAGCACAGCAAGAUCUUGCGAGCGUUCAAGAGCUGAGCGAGAGGCGAAAGAAAGAGGAAGAGAGAUUGCUGGCCCAAAAUGCUCAGCUCAUGCGCAAUCUCGAAGGCUGCACAGACCGUAUAUUCCAGAUGCAGCCCCCAAAAGUCGCCACAGAUGAAGAAAUCAGUAACGCGUACGCCUGUCUUCGCAAAAGCAUUAGUGAUUGGGUGGCUGGUACUGUCGAAGAGCUUGAUGAUGGAUUUCUUGGUCGAUCGUUCGACGUGGAACUGCAUAGGAAUGGCUUGCCUUAUCUCAUUCGAUGUCCUGAGGGCUUCAAUUGGGCUCCGCUUGAGGCUCUACUGUUGCAGUGUCACAUUUUUGGGUUCAUAUACCUUGCUCUGCUUCAUCCUCAGCGGAUCUGGCCAGGCAUGCAUCCUGAGAUGGAAAAGCUUCUCAACCACAUCAUUCAUGGUCUGGACAAGAUCAGCCCAAGGAAGGGCCUCGAAUCAAUCCAAAUGUGGCAAGGCGAUCUCCAGCGAGCUUUGAGCACGCUCGUACUCACCAAAAACCAGAUGCAAGCCAGACUGAAUGAGAUUGCUCGUCAAGCCAUGCAAGAAAUGGCCAGCCUCCUCGCAGAGCAUUCGAAUGUCGCCCCUGAUUGGAAGGCUUGUGAAAAAUUGAUCAAUGAGGCAGGUACAUUGGCGCUCACCAUGAGAGAGUCUCAUAUCAAAUACGACUUCGAUUUCGGCCAAUACAAUGCAGACAGAAGAUCCGGCAAUGUCAUGCUCUCCAACGAUAUAGGGAAAUUCGAGAUCUUCGAUCGUGCGACAGGGCAACCAAUACCGAGAAGAGCUGAUAUAACUUCAGACGAAGACGGUCACGUUGGUAGGCGCUCAGCCCUUGUCUUUCCUGGUCUGACCCGACAAAGCCGAAGAGAUGAGGUGCCUCUAGUCCUUCAAAAGCCAGUUAUUGUCGUCGCAUUCGAUCAUCCCGUCACGCGGAUAACGAGGCCAAAGAACACAGAGUCUGUCAGGCUCAUCUAG